UCAUCCCACAAUUAACACGCACACAUAGAAGUAAAAACUCUCAGGCUAGACCCACCAUAUAAAAGACAGUCAGUCAGACAGACAAUAGCCACACCAGGGAGACACCGCUAAUAGAAAGAGUGAGAAAGGUUCUGAGGCUUGAGAGUGGAUUCAUACAGUGUUUUGAAUAAGGACGGCACAAAACUACUUCAUUUAUAAACUCAGUGCUUACUGUAUCACUUCAAAGCUCUGACUGGAUAUUGAUUUGAGGCAAAGAAACUGUCUAAACACUAAUGAGUGCGACCAACUCCUCUGCCUAUCGAUCGGAGCGCAGUUUCCACCAGAAAUCCUCCACAUCUUCAUCCUCAACCUCAACAAACCCAUACAUGGAGAAGAGCCGGGGACUCUUCGCUGAGGACUUUGGAUCUUUCAUGUGUCCAAAAGAUGCUUUGGGAUUUCCAAACAGAACAGGGACAGCUGGAAACAUCAAGACUCUGGGAGACACAUACCAAUUCACAGUGGAUGUCCGAGACUUCUCUCCUGAGGAUGUGAUAGUCACCACCUCAAACAAUCAGAUUGAAGUUCAUGCUGAAAAGCUUGCUACUGAUGGAACAGUGAUGAACACUUUUACCCAUAAAUGCCAGCUACCAGAGGAUGUAGACCCCACCUCGGUGAAGUCAAGUUUAGGGGCUGAUGGGACUCUCACUAUAAAAGCACAGAGAAACACUGCAAAACUGGAGCACGCACAGACGUUCCGCACAGAGAUCAAAAUUUAGAUCUUUCCUCUCCUUUUGUAUCUGUUUUCCCGUGAUAAAUGACCUUGAUAGUAGUUACUUAGUCCUGCUUUGUCAUUCCUCCAUGACCUUCUCUCAUUACUUCUCAUUAGAAUUUAAUCCUGUCACAUGUAUUCAACACAUUUAAGUCAAAUGCACCGCUGAUAUCAAUUCCCUGCUAAAUAUAUAUCACCUUACACCUUAGUAUACAGUGGGGUCCAGAAGUCUGAGACCACAAUGAACAUAUGCGAUUCAAAAUCCAAUCCAAUUUAAAUCUGUAAUGAAACAUAACAUUUUAGGAUUUUGAGAGUAUGAAAGAAAAUGUAUGUCUUUAAAUGAAUAAGAAAUGUUUAUAUUCUGCACUAGUUCUGUCACUAUAAGUAAUCAGAUUUGUCAGAUUGAUCACGUGACUCUUUCUGCAGAUGCUCAGAUGUUCUUGCUUCCAUUAAAACUUUUUUAGUCAUUUAAAUCAUGCUGGAGAACAUGAUCAUCAGGCUUUAUACAAAUGUGUGAAGUUCAUGUAGCUUGAAUGCUGCUGUCAUGAAAUCAACAGGAGGACAAAAACCAAAUACUAAAAGAUUUUUUUAAAAAGUUAACUUUUCCCUCCAACUUUUUGCUUUUUAGUAGACUUUUGGAGCUUGUUGUAUGACGGACAAUCAAAAGAGAAACCUAUUCACUGAACUGAUUGUUAUUGUUUUCAAAAGGUAUAUUUUCUAACUGUAAAACUGUUGUGUUGGGUGAUUUGAACACUGUUAUAGAAGAUAAUAAAACCAGAACACCUUUGAUGAGUA